AUGAGCCGCGCCCAGCCCAUCACCGCCUACACGGCCAUUUCCUACGUCUGGGGCGACACCAGCGACGCAGUCAAGCUCCAGAUAGCAAUUGAUGGACGACCCGCCAGGAUCUCGCCAAACCUGCACUCAGCCCUGGUGCGGCUUCGCGACCACUCGAGCAGUCGGUUCCUCUGGGCCGACGCCCUCUGCAUCGACCAGAUGCCCGACGCAGCAGGGUUGGCCGAGAAAGAACAACAGGUCGGAAACAUGGACAGGACAUUCUCAAAGGCCGAGCAUGUGAUGAUCGAUCUCGGCUCGACGCCAGCCCCUGAAGUCCUCGCCGUGCUCGAUCGGUUCUUCAGCAUCCCCGACGAGAGAUGGGAAGAGUCACGACGAAUCGUGGCGACCGAGAACUUCAAGUCCAGCUUCCAAUAUCUCGCGCCGUUCGAUCUUCCCGGUGUUCAGCAUGAUUUCUGGCCAGCUUUUGCAGAGUUCAUGCAACGGCCCUGGUUCUCUCGCGUCUGGAUCAUCCAGGAAUACGCACUGGCCGCGCAGUCGACAUUCCUGAUCGGCACCGACACCCGCCCAGGUCCAUACCUGGCCCGGGGCUUCCUUCGCGCCCUGCAAUACAUGUUGUUUCUGUACCACUCGGACCGGCGAGACCCGGUUGAUGAAAAGCCCAAUGCACGGCUCGCCCGCGUAGUCUGGGACGUCGAUCAGCCUUACACGGCCGUCCUGUUGAUCGACGAAGCGAGACGAUCACGCCCGCAGGGUCUCCCGCUGAGCACGCUGCUGUGGCGCACGAAGCGGUUCCACGCCACGAACCCGCGCGACAAAGUGUACGCGGUCUUUGGCCUGGUCGACGACGCCGCCCGUGUCAAGGACGAGAUCCCCAUCGACUACCAGAGCGACGACACCCACCCGCUCGGCGCCCAAGUUGCACGAUACCUCGUCCGCACAGGCAACGGCGCGUACCUGCUGUACAACUGCCUCGGCGUGCGCAACGAACCACCGCACCCGUCAUGGGAACUCGUCCUCACAGCGCCGACCCGCGACGGCUUCGCCGAGCUCUACAAGCCAACGGGCCAGCUGGACCACGACGUCUACCAAGCCAGCGGGCCCACACGCUUCACGUGCAGAUGGCAGGACGUCGCUGCCUCGGCGUCACCGACCGCGACGACAACGAAGCCGAUGGCCGCCUCACAUCUCCUUCUGCAGGUCUGCAUCGUCGACGAAAUCACCUCCCUUGGCCCAGCCCUACCGCACAUCAGCACCAUGACCCACGCCGACCUGGCCAGCAACUCGUCCUGGUUCCCCCAAGCUUGGGAGUGGAUGUGCUCGGUGCACGCGUCGCAUUCCUGCCCGCCGCAGCUGCACCUGCAGCCUCAGCCUCAAGCCGCCGCCCCCCGGGGCUCGAUGCCACCACUUCUCGACUUCACCCUCCAGUGCUGGCAAACGGCCAUCGCCGACCUCAUCAUCCCGCCCGAGGGAGAAGGACGCGGGUACGUGCGCGCCACCAAACACGCGCCCUCAACGGCGCGAUUAUGUCUCGAGGCCAUCGACAACACGGCGCGGCACGCGUCUUGCGUGCGCCGGAACGUCGAGCACGAGUUCCGCUCCACCAUGCCGUUGGACGGAAGGUUCGAAGCCUACGUCUACACCCUCUCGGAGAGUUUCGUGUACGCCUUUGGCCGCCGCUUGGCGGUGACCAGGCGCCGGCGGUUCACGUGCUGUGUGCCCCGUGAGGCUGAGGACGGCGAUGUCGUCUGCAUCGUUCUGGGUUGUCCCAUGCCGUUUGUGCUGCGUAGGGUCGUCACAGCGGCGGCAGCAGGAGGAGGCGGAGGAGGCGGAGGAGGCGGAGGAGCGGGAGCAGGAGGCAGGGCAGCAUCAACAGCAACAGCAACAGCAGGACGAGUCUCCUAUCGAAUUGUCGGAUCUUGUUACGUGCACGGCCUCAUGGACGGCGAGGCCUUGACGGCCGACUAUUGGAAAGAGGAGGAGAUUGAAGUGCGAUAA